CGCCCAACUCGAACCUGAGUACCUGAAGCAGCAUCAGACAAACAAAACCGAGCAGAGAAAUGGCGGCCGUCUCCUCCACCUCCACUGCCUACUUCUCCUCGCAGCCGCAGCUGCCGACCUCCACCGCCGACCCUACUUCCGACGCCGCCAGCAGCAGGCUGGUGCGGCAGCCACGGCGGAGCAGCAGCUUCGUGAUGGUGGAGGCGUCCUCUGCCAGCGGCAGCGACGGCGGGGUGGCCAGGACGAAGAGCCUCACGGAGGACGACCUGGAGGACCUCAAGGGCUGCCUCGACCUCGGCUUCGGCUUCGCGUACAGCGAGAUACCCGAGCUCUGCGUGACGCUGCCCGCGCUCGAGCUCUGCUACUCCAUGACCCGGAGGUUCCUCGACGAGCAGAGGGCAUCGGGGCAGGAGCAGGAGGAGGAGCCUGCGUCGCCACCGCUCCCCAAUUGGAGGAUCUCUGGACCGGGUGACCAUCCAGAGGAAGUGAAGGCCAGGUUGAAGUAUUGGGCUCAAGCAGUAGCAUGCACUGUCAAGCUCUGCAGGUAAACUUGAGGCUGGCUAGUUGCUUUCUGUUAGUGUAUGCUAUGACGGGCUGCACCGAAGGUCAGUUGGAGGUUGAAGAAUCUGGUUAUAUGGUUUUGGGACACGGGGAGCAAAUUCUCCUCGGAGGGGGCGCUUCUGCUCUCUGGACAUGAGUGAUCUCAUCUGCUUCUGCAAAAACAUGGGAGGGGGAGGAAUCAUGAUCCAGAACAGCGACAGAGUUCAAUCGAGAUCCAUGGUCUGAGCUUCUUCGAAAGGAUUCAGAAGCUUGUCAUUCCUCUGGGUGGGUGGACUGCAUAAUGCAGCGUUUGCAAAUGCAGGACCUGUUGGUUCUUUUUUCAUGUUUCCUUGUAAUGGUCACUAGGUGCUCUAAUUUUCGUACUCCUGUAAUAAUGUACUGAAUGGAGUUUUGAGUUUUGGCUACUAAUCCAAGGGCUGAUUAGUUCCAAUAUUGAUUUUUUUUGUGCUACUCUGAUAUUGCCUGAACAUAUAUGUAUUGCUGUUAAAUUUGUGAAAGUAAAGAAAGUGUCUGGUUGCUUGUCAAGCUUCAGUUGUGUAAAAGAUGUAUUUAUUCAGCCUAGCUGCAAAUUAGCUGAAACUCUGUAAAGAAGAAACUCCACUGAUUUGUAACACGCAUAAUACAUAAUGAUCUA